GUAUAGAUUAGUAUAAAUGGACAUAGUUACCAUUUUUUUGCUCUAAAAAAGCAAUUUUCCCAAAAAAAAAAUCAUAUAUCAUCUUUCAAGUAAUUGACAUUUUCUUUCUUUUUCUUUUUUAUUCAGAAAACGGCAUGAAUCUUUCCUGCAUUUGCCGUUUCUGUUUCUCUAAUCACAAGCUUAAUAUGUUAAUAUUAUGAAUAGACAAAAAAAACAUAAACACAUUAAGAGUUUGAUUACUUCAGAACUUCAUUCUUUUGACAGUAAAACAAAAGAAAAAAAAGCUUUGUAUUUGGUUGUGAAGAUUGAAUGAGUAAAAUCUGAAACCUACAACAUGAGUUUUGCUGGUGGGAGAGAUGGAUCUAAAGGUUUGAUGAAGAGGAUUACAUCAACUUUCUCCACCAAGAAAAAACAGAACACAACAACAAAUGAUCCGAAACCAGUUUUUCCUCGGUCUAGAUCAACAGGUGCUAGCUAUGAAUCCAUGAGGCUGCGUCAGGGGAAAAAGGCUCUUCCUGAUGUCACAGCAAAAAAGACAAAGAGGACCAAAUCUGCAUGUGUCUCUCCUCAAAGAAGACGUGAAAAGAUCGAUGAGUCCAGGAAACAACAGAUUGAAGACAUCGAUUCCAUUUGGUUGACUUCUGAUUCUUCUAGCUCUCUUUUUGGGGAACGUAAAGUAUCUGUCUCGUUUCACUUCUCACUCGACGAAAGCAUCGUCUCUUGGUUAUCAAACGCUGCUAAAAAUCAAGAAGACACCAAAGACAAUCAUCAUCAUCACCAGAAAAGUUCAAAGGAUGCAAAAUAUUCUUCAGAGAACAUACGAAAAGAUGGAAAAUAUGUUGGAACAGAUUCUGCAAAGCCGUGUUCUUCACGUUUACCUGAAAACAACAACAAGACUUGUGAAGAGACAUCUAGUUUCAACAGAUAUGUGAAUCCUGAGUUGACUUCGCAGAGUCAUGAAGAAAAGAAAGUUACCUUCUCACUAGAAUCAGAUGCGUCUCCUUCACAGGUUAUCUCAACUCUUGGGCCAUCUACUCCUCCUAUAACCAUACUAGCAUCAGCUUUAGAGAAAGUUGCGGAGAUUGGAGGUUCAAAGAGAAGGAAUGUUGUGGAGCCGCUUUUCUGGCCAUUGGAGCAGAAGUUUGAUUGGACAACAGAUGAUAUAAUGAAGCAUUUCUCCAUGUCUCCUCAGAGAAAAAAAUAUAUAGGGUCCAAAAGUGCUAGUACCUCUCCAAGAUCAAUGAGGGCACAGCUUCAUACGAGAAAGCUAGAUCUCAAAGAAGGGUGUAAGAGAAAACUCAUGUUCAAUGGUCGGCCUGGAUCAAACUCAAGACUAACACAGAUUCCAGAACUGAAACAGACAAUCAGCAGCGACCAACCACCCAUCAAGAACCGUUUGAAGAGGAACAAAAGUUUGCCAUCAAGGUUGAGAAACUCGAGCGAAAUAUCUUCAAAGGUGGUACCUAUUGAAGCUACAGAAGAGAGUGUAGAGAUAAGCAGAGAGGAAAAAAAAACACCUAAAAAGCUUGUCAUGACUCGUAAGUCCAAAACAUUUUUAGAAGAUGACUUUGGUUUGAUGAAUGAUUUCUCUAUAGAAAAUGCCGUCGGACUUUGUGAGUUCAGGGGAAGAGAAGGCAUAGAUUCAGACUUCAACACUGAUUGUUUCUUGUUCGAAGAUUCUCUAUGAAAAGCAAAAGGCUUUAUAUGACAUCAUAUGGUUAUAUAUAUAAUGCAUAUACUUGUCAAACAAACGGCGACAACUUUGUUCCUUGAUUGUAUAUCUGUUGGAUAGUAAAUAACUGCAACAUUUAUAUAUACCACAUAUAUGUAUGCGUUUUGGAUCAAUCAAAGACCUGAAACUAUGUUCUCAUUGAGUUCUAUACUUACAUCAUUUGAACUUUAAUGUCCUUAGUUAUGCGUUUUGGAUCAGUCAAAUAACUGUAAUAAGCAGGCACAAGGAGAGAUGCAAAAGUUUUGUUACAAAACCAUUGGAGAAAUAUAGCUAACUUUCCUUCAUUAGCAUGUAACGGUGUUGAUACAAGUCCGGUGAAACAGUCAAAAACGUUUCGCCGUUUUUAAUAAACCAAACCACACGCAAUCUAAUAUCAUGUGCGUCGUUUCAAUCAAAAGUCAAAACCAAAACGACCAAAGUGUACCUUUACACAGUCCGGUAAGUUCAUUUUCAUUUUACCCAACUGUCCUAGGGUUUGAUGAAGCAAGCGUCUCUCUCCGCCAUGAAAUCACGGCGUCGCAACGUCCCUGAGGAUCCUCAAACCAUCCGUAGACGCAGCUCACGACUUAGUGCUGACGAAUUACUAUCGAAGAUGCCAACCGAUCUCGUCAUCGAGAUAUUCUCGAGGUUGCCGUUAAAGUCUAUUGCGAUUUCAGAGAGCCCUAAUGGCUUGGUUUGCCACAAGAAGUUAGCAAGAGAUUAAGUUGAUUUUGAUCUUCAAUAUUUUUUUUCUUAUUGCAAAAAUAAAACAAUGUUACACCUGAUGUAAAAAAGUUUUUUUUUGACUUGAAUAAAUUUAACAUUCUUUCAAAAAAAAAAAAAAAAAGUCUAUUACGAAUUGUGUAUCAAAGCGGUGGGCCUCCGCCCUUGGCCGUUCUGACUUCAUGGAGUUGUUCUUGACCAAAUCUUUGGCUCAACCUCAGCUACUGUUCGCCUGCCAGAAAGAGAGUGAGUUGAUCUUCCUCUCUUCACCUCAGCCUAAAAACCCUGAUGAGGCUGUGUCGGAUCAUCAUAUGAGUUUCCCCUUUGAGCGUGUGGAUGCUGUAUCUAGUUCUGUCAAUGGCUAUGUCUGUAUAACCGAUGAACGGAUCUCAAAAGGAAGGAAGACCCCAGAGGAUGUGUUGGUGAUAUGUAACCCUAGCACGGGACAGUCCGUUACUUUACCCAAAAUACCUAAAAUGAAGAAAAUGAAGAGAACUGCAAAGAGCUUUUUUUUGUAUGAUCCGAUUGAGAAACAACACAAGGUGUUGGCAAUGGCCAUGGUAGAUGGUAGAGAUGUGCAUCAAGUUCUUACAUUAAAAGGAACUAGGAACCUGACUUGGAGGAUGAUUGAAUGUAGCGUACCCCAUUAUUAUCCAGGGCCAAAGUGCAUAUGCAUUGACGGUGUUUUGUACUACGGUGCUUGGGGUUCCAAUAAUGGUCAUAUUCUAGUUUGCUUUGAUGUCAGAUCCGAGAAGUACAGCUCCAUUAAAGCCAUUCAGGGAGCGGUAGAGGAAGGUGCAACUCUGGUAAAUUACAAAGGUAAAUUGGCUUCACUAAGGGCGCAACCUAACCCCCAUGCUAUUAGUGGAACAAGUGCAAGUUUUGAGAUGUGGAUUCUAGAAGAUCCUGAGAAACAUGAGUGGUCCAGCCGUAUUUACAAAUUGCCUCCUGUUUGGAAGGAUGUAGUUGCAGGGGAGGUCUUAUUCUUUAAAGGAGUGACUGCCACAAAUGAAAAUUUUUUUGUCCCCCACAACUUCAUCCGAUCUUUAUUAUGUUUACUACUACAAUUUCGACAAGGAAAGUAUAACAAGAGUUGAGUUCCAAGGAAUGAGACCGUUUAGAAAGGGUUGGGGUUCUGGAGUUUUUACCUUACUGAACCAUGUAGAGGAUGUGAAACUUAUCUAAUUGUUUUAGAACUUUGUAACGGAAGCUUGCUCCUUGAGGAUCUUAAUGAAAACCUUUAUUUUUUCCACUGCUUCUGUGUUGUUAUAAUUUUUUUGCUUGAAGUUGUAAAUUAUGGUUUU